GAACGUUUUGUCUUGCGAUUUAUGUUCUCUCACAUAGCAUAUCCUCUCGAAGCAUCCUUUACCAAGAAGCUCCAACAUGGCAGAUCCGCCUGGUCACGAGAAAGAAUUCGCCCCUUCGGACCCUGCAGCUGCACUGGAAGAUAUAAAUCAUGACGAGCCACGAGAUGAGGAUGGGUCUGAUAGAGAAUAUUUGGAAAGGCAUGGGGAGCUAUCAACUCGUCAAAACUCACUCGAUGCCAGAAAGCAUGAGAAGGAAUACAUGGCAAUCUCGAGUCCAGACAAUGUGGAUAGCCACUCAUCCGAAGGAGAGAUUGACCACGAAAAACGACCAGAGAUGAAACAGGUUCAGAGCUACGCCACAUCCAACAGUGCUAUAACGAGGGCGGAAUCGCAUGUAGACGAUACUAUUGUCAAGAAGGCCUGGUACCAAAAUGUCAAUCCCUUGAGGUGGGGUGCCCCUCCUCCCGUUCCAGAAAGUCGGACACCGUCCAAAGAACACACAGCUUCGUUCUUCUCUUUACUAUACUUUCAAUGGAUGGCACCUAUAAUGGAUGCUGGAUAUCGACGGCAACUCGAGCAUAAUGAUAUAUGGACGGUGAACCCCAAUCGAAAUGUAAACCUUUUAUCGGACAAGUUACAAGAAUCUUUCAAGAGAAGAGUGGCAAAUGGAGACAAACAUCCUCUGCUGUGGGCAAUGCACGAAACGUUUAAGUUUGAGUUUUGGGUAGGAGGAGCUUGCCAAUUUGUAUCCAACAUCCUCCAAGUUAUAUCACCAUUCACGUUACGAUACUUGAUUACUUUCGCUUCGGACGCAUACACAGCAGCACAGCAAGGACUCCCAGCUCCUAAUAUUGGGAAAGGACUAGGACUUGUGUUUGGUAUCACUAUAAUGCAAAUGUUGCAAUCCCUGGGCACCAAUCAUUUUAUAUAUCGCGGAAUGAUGGUUGGAGGGCAAUCGAGAGCUGUCCUUAUUUCAGCCAUUUUCGAAAAGGCUAUGAAGAUCUCCGGACGAGCCAAGGCUGGCGGUCGUUCAAUCAAAAGCCAAGAAGACGAGAAGGAUGCCCAAAAGGCUCAAGAACUAGUUGAACAAGCUAAGGGCAAGAGAGGCAAGAAAAACGCUAAACCAGUUGGUCCCAAAGCUGGAGUACCUGAUGCUGGACGUGGUGUAGCAGGUGAUGGCACUGGAUGGGCAAAUGGUAAAAUCGUAAAUCUCAUGAGUACAGACACGUACCGUGUAGACCAAGCCAGCGGCAUGUUUCACUUGAUCUGGACAGCACCUAUAUCUUGCAUAAUCACCCUCAUACUACUCCUCAUCAAUUUGACCUACAGCGCCCUUGCAGGGUUCGGGCUGUUAGUCGUUGGACUUCCCUUACUAACCAAGGCUGUUAAGAGGCUGUUUGCUAGAAGAAAGGCCAUCAACAAGAUCACUGAUCAAAGAGUAAGUCUCACACAAGAAAUUCUUCAGGCAGUGCGAUUUGUAAAAUACUUCGGCUGGGAGACAGCAUUCCUUGACAGGCUUGCUGCAAUCAGGAACAAGGAGAUUCGCUCCAUUCAGGUCUUACUGGCGAUCAGAAACGCAAUAAACGCAGUCUCCAUGACUAUGCCCAUCUUUGCGUCGAUGAUAGCUUUUAUUACCUACAGUUUAACAGAUCACGGAUUAAGCCCAGCGCGUGUAUUCUCGUCGCUUGCUCUAUUCAACUCAUUGCGAUUGCCGCUAAAUCUACUGCCUAUGGUCAUCGGGCAGGUCAUUGAUGCCUGGUCUUCAAUCUACCGUAUCCAAGAAUUUUUGCUCAGUGAAGAGCAAGAGGAUGAUGCUAAGCCGGACCACGAAUUAGAUGGAGCAAUUGUCUUGACAGGCGCCGAUUUUACUUGGGAACGAACAGCUACUCAAGAUUCCGGAAAGGCCGGGCCUCCUGGGAAGAAGCAGACGAAGGCUGAGGUUAAAUUUGAAAAAGAUGCCAAGAAACAAGCAUCCAAAGAUGAAAAAGCCGCUACUAAAUCUCGAUCAGAUUCUUCACCAAAUAACGAGGGUACUUCAAAAAACGACGACACUCCUCUCGAUGAUGCGAGCACUGUUAAUGGAGAUGAAGAACCAUUUAGUUUACAGAACAUGAAUUUCACAAUUGGCAGGAAUGAGCUGGUGGCUGUAAUAGGUGGAGUUGGAAGUGGCAAAAGUUCUCUGCUUGCUGCUCUCGCAGGCGACAUGCGAAAAACAAGAGGAGAAAUGACCAUGGGAGCUGAUCGAGCUUUUUGCCCACAAUAUGCAUGGAUACAGAAUGCGACCGUCAGAGACAAUAUUUUGUUCGGAAAGGAUAUGAAGAAAUCAUGGUACAACAAAGUCAUCGAUUCUUGUGCCUUGAGACCCGAUUUGGACAUGCUCCCGAAUGGUGAUCAGACCGAAAUCGGCGAGAGAGGUAUCACUGUAUCAGGAGGUCAGAAACAACGAAUGAACAUUGCGCGAGCCAUUUAUUUUGAUGCUGACUUGAUUUUAAUGGAUGAUCCACUGAGUGCUGUUGAUGCACAUGUUGGUCGUCAUAUUUUUGACAAUGCAAUUAUGGGAUUAUUGAAGGACAAAGCUAGAAUUUUAGCCACUCAUCAACUAUGGGUACUGAGUCGUUGCGAUAGAAUUAUAUGGAUGGAAGAGGGCAAAAUUCAAGCGAUUGACACGUUCAGCAAUCUCAUGAACAAUCAUGUUGGUUUCCAACAGCUCAUGGAGACAACUGCAGUUGAGGAAUCACAAGAGCCAGAGGGCGAUGAAGAAGCUAUCGUAGUGGAGAAGAAGGUCGAGAAAAAGAAGCAUAAAGCGCCUGGUUUGAUGCAAGCCGAGGAGAGAUCUGUGAAGAGUGUAUCAUGGACAGUAUACGCCGAUUAUGUCCGAGCUUCUGGUAGUCUUUUGAACGCGCCGAUUAUUUUCUUGCUACUCCUCCUUUCACAAGGUGCAAAUAUUGCCACUAGCUUGUGGUUAUCGUGGUGGACAAGCGAUAAAUUCGGAUACUCCACUGCUGUGUAUAUUGGAGUGUAUGCUGCCCUUGGUGCUAGUCAGGCUCUGCUGUUGUUCUUCUUUGCUUUAUCCCUUACCAUCCUUGGAACAAUUGCGAGUAAGGUCAUGCUCAGCAAAGCCAUUACAAAGGCACUCCGAGCGCCCAUGUCCUUCUUUGACACCACUCCUCUGGGUCGUAUCACCAACCGCUUCUCAAGAGAUGUUGACGUUAUGGACAACAAUCUCACUGAUGCUAUACGCAUGUUCUUCUUAACUAUGGCUAUGAUUAUCUCAGUCUUCGCUUUAAUCAUUGCCUACUUCCAUUAUUUCGCUAUUGCUUUGGCACCUCUUGCACUUCUCUUCAUAUUUGCAGCGGGGUAUUAUCGCGCAUCGGCCCGAGAAAUGAAGCGAUUCGAAUCAGUCUUUCGAUCAAGUGUGUUUGCCAAAUUCAGUGAAGGACUUUCAGGAACAGCUACUAUUCGAGCAUAUGGACUACAAGAUCGAUUCAUUUCUGAUUUGAGAAAGGCCAUUGACGAGAUGGAUUCUGCCUAUUUCCUUACGUUCUCGAACCAGCGAUGGUUAUCUACUCGCCUAGACAUUAUUGGGAAUUUGCUUGUAUUUGUAACGGGUAUCCUCGUCAUCACUUCUAGAUUUUCCGUCGGACCAUCUACUGCAGGGUUGGUAUUGUCUUAUAUCCUUUCUAUUGUUCAGAUGAUCCAGUUUACCGUUCGCCAACUUGCGGAAGUCGAGAAUGGAAUGAAUGCCACGGAACGUAUUCAUUACUACGGUACCUCGUUGGAGGAAGAGGCGCCACUACAUACAAUAGAUGUUCGCCCUACAUGGCCCGAGAGUGGUGAGAUUGUCUUCAACAAUGUUGAUAUGCGAUAUAGAGAAAACCUUCCGUUAGUUUUGUCCGGCCUGUCAAUGCACGUAAAGGGUGGCGAACGAAUUGGGGUGGUUGGUCGCACGGGUGCUGGAAAAUCAAGUAUCAUGUCAACUCUCUUCCGACUUGUUGAGAUUUCCGGAGGUUCGAUCGUUAUUGAUGGUGUGGAUAUUAGCAAGAUUGGGCUUCACGACCUUCGAUCUCGUCUUGCUAUUAUUCCACAGGAUCCUACGCUGUUCAAAGGAACCAUCAGAAGUAACCUAGAUCCUUUCAACCAACACAGUGAUUUGGAACUUUGGUCCGCAUUACGACAGUCUGAUCUUGUAGCCUCAGACUCGAAUCUCGAAGACGAAGUGACAGGGCGUAUACAUCUCGAUUCUGUAGUCGAAGAUGAAGGAUUGAACUAUUCGCUAGGUCAAAGACAAUUAAUGGCACUUGCACGCGCUCUUGUUCGUGGUUCGCAAAUCAUUGUUUGUGACGAAGCUACAAGUUCUGUUGAUAUGGAAACGGACGAGAAGAUUCAAAGAACUAUUCAAGAGGGGUUCAGGGGCAAGACACUUUUGUGUAUUGCUCAUAGACUUAAGACCAUUAUCGGAUAUGAUCGUAUUUGCGUGAUGGACAAGGGCACAAUUGCAGAAUUAGAUGCACCAGUUAAGCUAUGGGAGCAAGGAGGUAUCUUUAGGGCCAUGUGUGAUAGAAGUGGUAUUCGAAAAGAGGAUUUUGCAAGGGCAGCAGUUCCGACCGCGAUGACGAAAGACGAGUAGGGGAUUAAUAUAUUGACGAAUUAGUGGACAUUGUAUGCAUGAUGACGAAAGAUGGUAUAUGUUAAUUAUAUGGUAUACAUGCAUUUCAUGGGCAUUUUUGGGCGUUUGGGAGAAAGAUAAGAUGAGCGAGCAUAUGAAGUUUCA